AUGGAGAGUUUGCGGGUUAGAAGGGAUGCUAGGGGUUUGGGUGAAUUUGAAGCUGCCCAGCGUAAAUAUGUGGGGUUGUUGGAAGUUGAGAAUAGGUUUUGGAAGCAGCGAGCUAAGCAUUUUUUGCUCUGGGAUGGUGAUAGGAAUACCCGGGAGUGUGAGGAGGUGUUAUGUGCUAUUCAGGGGAGGGUUAGUAAUCAACAAAAUGAGUGUUCAACUACUAUGGUGAUGGUGGGGGAGGAGAGUGAUCCGGGUAGUUUACCGGAGGAGGUUUAUAAAACUCAUAUAGUACUCAUUCCUAAAAAGCAGCACCCGGAGACUAUGGGAGACCUUCGGCCAAUAGCUUUGUGUAAUGUCCUGUACAUGGUUGUUGUUAAGUUUAUGGCUAACCGGUUGAAAGAUGUUAUUGGUAGAGUAGUUGAGUUCUAUUCUCCUAAGGAUAAGGUUAUUGCUGGUUUGCCCACACAGUUGGUUGAUUUUUUGAUUGAAGACUCAAAGAGAAAUCGAAUAAAAUGUACAUUAUGGGAUGAACAUGUACCUGCCGUUAUGCCAUUUUUCAAUAACCAUGUGGAUGGCCUUUUGAUCAUUUUGCUCCAACUUUGUUGUGCCAAGGUGGUUGACAGUGAGGUCAGGAUUUCAAGCUCAUACACUGCUACAAAAGUUUUAUUCAAUUUGGACUGCCAAGAGUUUGCAGAUUUCAGAAAUAGUUUGAAGGCUAAUUGUAGCCCAAUCAGAAGUAUUUCAAUGGUGUCUUAUGGUCACAGUGCUAAUAAUUCCCAAUCUCCUAUGGUUGUCAGCACAAUCAGAGAUUUGUAUGAAAGGGCUGAGGAAGGCUAUUAUUGUGUCCCAGGUACCAUUGUAUCAAUUGAGAGUGGAAAGAAAUGGUUCUAUAACUCUUGGAGAAAACCAGGCUGCUUUAAAUCCCUUAUUUUUACAGAGACUUACUACUAUUGUGAAACAUGCAAGACUAAUUGGGUAGAAGGGAAUGUGAGAUACAGAGUAGUUGUUAGGGUUCUAGACAAAACAAGUGAUGCACCUUUUUUAUUGUGGGAGAAAGACUGUUUUGACCUUUUGGGCAUUUCUGCCUAUGAUUUGAAAACCAAGUAUUCUAUGGCUAAGAUGCAUGUUCCAACUGAGUUUGAUCAGCUGAGGAACAAAUGUAUGGUGUUUAGAAUCAAUCUCAAGAAUGAACAUAUUAGGAACCCAACAAAGCCCAUAUCAGUGUUAAGUGUUAUGCAUGAUGAGAAAUUGGAAGCUCAGUACUGUCCAUCCAUGGUGGAUGAUCAUGAUGAAUUAUCUAGGAUGGUUGAAGAAGAAGCAGAUGACCUAGAAUCUGAUGAAAGCGAAUAA